AUGCUGUUCUUCGGCGGCGGAGUCCAGAGCCCGCGCCGUCGCAGUAAGGAAAAGGCGAUCCUCGUCACAAUUCUCAUCGUCUACGCUCUAUACUUUCUGUUCUUUUCGAAAAGUUCCGGAGACCGAGAGUCGGCGGUCUCGGUUCAUAAUGCGGUACACGGUGAAGGGGCGAACCGGGACUCGCGUUCGGGGCAGGCAUCCCCGUCGCACGACAACAAGAGAAUUGAGAAAGAUAUGGUGGUCGCGAGCAUGAAGAGUGAUAAUACCUCAUGGUUGUUCGAGAAUUUCCCCGACUGGCAUAAGAGUGUCUACGUGGUCGACGAUAGGAAUGCGGAGUUGACCGUGGCGCAGAACAAAGGACGGGAGUCCAUGGUAUAUUUGACAUACAUAAUUGAUAAUUAUGACCACCUACCCGACGUGAUGCUUUUCAUCCACUCGCAGCGCUAUCAAUGGCACAACGACGAUCCCUACUAUGAUGGAGUUCCGAUGCUUCGUCGUUUCCAAGUGCCUUAUCUCGAAAAGCAAGGCUAUGUCAAUGUGCGCUGUGCUUGGACUCUCGGAUGUCCGGCGGAGAUCCACCCACACACCGAUACGCACCGUGACGACGUGCAUGCGGGGGAGUAUUUCAAAAAGGGCUUCAUCGAGCUGUUUCCUGGGGUUGACGUACCAGACGAGGUUGGAGUGUCAUGCUGCGCGCAGUUUGGAGUCACAAGCUGGAAGGUCCGCGAACGGCCCAAGAGUGACUAUGUGCGGUUCAGGAAAUGGUUGGCUGAGACGCCCCUCAAGGAUGAUCUCAGUGGACGAAUAAUGGAGUACUCAUGGCAUAGUUGGAAGGGCCAGCAGCAAGAUCCCAGUACAGGACUUCCAGCCUAA